UUGAUAACAACCGCUUUGAGUAUGGGUCAAGUGAUUACUGGACUGAAGAACGACACGAUUUGUAGCCAUUAAGUGCACUUUGGUCAAACGAAAUGAAAUUCCCGGGUCACUGAGGUGAACGCGAGAUAACGCCUACCCCACAACAGUGGUCAGCAACUAAAGCAUGGCGCGCUUCUGGUCUGGGGUAAUACUGUGUUUCACCUGCUUCCUAAUUACAGCUGAGGCCGACGUCUUCAAUGUAGUUCACUUCCCCGAUGGACGUUACGCGAUUCAGAUCAAUGGUGUCACAUGGUUAAACAGCGCCCCUACGUUCUUCGUCGUCAACGACACGCGCUUCUCCACCGAAGAUGGCAGCCUCCUUCUCGACAGCAUCAACACUACGAUGUCUGGGUGGGGACCAUUCGGAGUUUGGGUCGCCACCAACUUCCAUUACCGAGCUGGUGACGUACCCAUCGUCGCGAGUAUCUCCAUGUCUGGGGUUUCAGUCAUUACAUUUAUAGUGCGAUUCCCCGACGGAGUUUCAAACAUCAAUCAAACCAACUCAGACGGUGUUAUGUGUGGAUUCCCGGGAUUCCAACUGGACACCACGCAAAAACUUGGAUACAUGUCUUUCGGGGGAGCUGACAUUACAGAACAGUCCGUCGGAAGAUUGGGUCCGUCCGCUUCUUUUCAGGACGGUCUGGAAGGUUCCAGCCCCUUCGCGGUGUUUGACCCGAGUGGAAAUUCAGUGGCAUUUGGACAGUUGGAUAAUGUCAUGACAACACCAAUAUGGCAGAACAAAACCAACAACUUCCUGUACUAUGGAAUUAUGGGAGGAAUCGAUCAGAUCCCGACAAAUUUCUCCUACCAAGUUGCCGCAUUAUAUACCUCGGGAGGGGGGCCUGAAAAUAGUCUUUCGACGUGGGGUUUCGUAAUCAGAAGCAUGAUCUACAAGCAUGACAAAACCGAGGAUCACACCGCAAAAUCACUCGGAUACUGGACAGAUGAAGGGGCCUACUAUUUCGAUAAGACCGAUGGCACAUCAACGUAUGAAGAUACAUUGAUCAAUGUGUUUUCUGAUGCACGAAAUAGAAGUAUACCUUACAGGUACGUGGAACUGGACACCUGGUGGUUCACAAAAGGUCAAGGCGGAGGGGUCAAGGAGUGGACAGCACCCACGGACAUCUUCCCCAAGGGAAUUGAAUAUGUAUACAGAAGUUUGAACGUACCCAUCGUUGCGAAAAAUAAUUUCUGGUCAAGUGACAACAUAUACGCAACACAAAAUGGUGGAACCUUUAAUUUUGAAAUCGAAGGUGACAUGGCAAUACCGACAGAUGAGACGUUCUGGGACAAAAUCUUCAGUGAGUCGAAGCAGUGGGGACUGGCCACCUACAUACAGGACAACAUGACGGAAAUAUUCCGUACUUUCCCACGGAUGCAGACGGACCUUAACUUUGGGCGAGACUGGCUGGUUAAAAUGGCGGAUUCUGCUUUGAGACACAACAUCACCAUCCAGUAUAGUGGCGCCACGCCUAUGAUGGCACUCAUGGCUCUCCAACUACCGGCUGUAACCCAGGUGCGCGUCCAAAGAGGCUAUGGCACAGGGUCGGACCUCUCUAGUAUUCCUGUUUCUUCCGUAUUUUCCCAACUUUUAGGGAUAUCGGCCUUUAAAGACGUGUUUCUUACUGAAGACAAGAAGGGAGACACUGGAGGAAUAUCUGCGUCCAGGAGAAGUGUGGAGGCUGUCCUGUCCAACGGCCCUGUGGGGAUUGGUGACCAGAUCGGACAUACAAAUACUUCCAUCGUCAAUCGGAUGUGUCGGGCUGAUGGAACUGUUCUCAAGCCAAAUAAUGCAGCGCUCGCAAUAGAUGCUCAGGUUAUGCAGAUGGCAUUUCAAGAUGGCAGCGGCCCUAACGCCGAGAUAUGGGCGACAGUCUCAGGUGUCUAUGAGGGUGGAUCCGCGCCGAAACAGGUGUAUGGGAUUAUCUUCGUUUCCGGUUUGAAGAAUAAUUUUGACAUCACCCCGACAAAAGCCGGUAUCGGGUAUGAGUACCCAGUCAGCAAGAUCUUCUCUGCAGCGGAUCCUACAAAGCAGUACGACUUCAGCGACAGCAAGGCCUUCACCAUCCCGCCAUGCCAGCAGGAUUUCUGCAUGUACUAUGCGUCACCAGUUCUAAAGUACAAAGAGAGAGAAGUUCUGAUCCUUGGUGAGCUCAACAAAUGGGUACCAAUGUCCGUCAACAGGGUCGUCAAUGUCACCCUCGGUGACGUCAUCACAGUCUACGUCACGGGUCAGUCAGGGGAGACUGUUGAGAUUUGGUUUGCUGACGGUGUAAGGUUCGGGGCAUUAAAAACUAUUCUAGGGAAGGAUGGCCAGGGUAGCAUCAUCUAUGAAAUCAAAUCUCAUGUUCACAAUUCCGACCUCAGAACAGCUUCAACAGUUUCUGUUGUGAUGGGUAUCCUAGCAACCAUCAUGGUAAGGAUGUAAGAAGAAACUGAUUGCGUUGCUGCUUAUGUUGGCACCAGAUGGCUAAAUCACCACCUCUUCUCAUUGUGUUAAUAUAGUUUCACUUUUUUAUUAUAUAUUUAAUCUCAUUUCAUGUGACAGACAUGCGACUGGAGACUCCAGCAUCUGAUCGAUUGUUCUUUUUAAUUUCGCUGCGGUUAACCGAUACAUAUUAACCUCCCAAGAAGACGGAGAAGAAAUGUUUGUUAUUUUAACAUAAAUGAAAGGCGUCUCUUAUACAGAUAUAAAUAUCCCAAAAUCCCAAGCAAGUCUGUGACCUGCUGUACUGGUCUGAAGGCGAGGUCACUGUGACCUGCUGUACUGGUCUGAAAGCGAGGUCACUGUGACCUGCUGUACUGGUCUGAAGGCGAGGUCACUGUGACCUGCUGUACUGGUCUGAAGACGAGGUCACAGUGACCUGCUGUACUGGUCUGAUGGCGAGGUCACUGUGACCUGCUGUACUGGUCUGAUGGCGAGGUCACUGUGACCUGCUGUACUGGUCUGAUGGCGAGGUCACAGUGACCUGCUGUACUGGUCUGAUGGCGAGGUCACAGUGACCUGCUGUACUGGUCUGAUGGCGAGGUCACUGUAACCUGCUGUACUGGUCUGAUGGCGAGGUCACUGUAACCUGCAGUACUGGUCUGAAGGCGAGGUCACUGUGACCUACUGUACUGGUCUGAUGGCGAGGUCACUGUAACCUGCUGUACUGGUCUGAUGGCGAGAUCAUUGUUGUCGCCAUUGGCCCAUUAUUGAAUUUUGUUAAGACAGAGCUAUAGCUGUCUUUCUGUUGUAUGCGUAUUCUUUCCACGACAAGAAAUGUUGAAAUCGUCCACAAACAGUGUACCAUCAAUACUAUUGUUAAAUACUUUAGUGAGAAUAUUAAUUUUAUGCUGACUGACAGUAUGCUGCCUUGGGGGACGCCCUGGUCUUGAUCGAAAUGAUCAGACAGGGUAGAGCCUACAAUUUUCUGUUGUUUAAAAAAUGAGAUAUAGACUGUGGUAAUUUGUUCCUCAAUCCAAAUUCAUGCAAAUCUUUUAAAAUACCAUGUUUCCACGUUGUAUCAUGUGCCUUAUCUAGGUCGAGAAGAAUGAUGUAGUAUGUUGUUUGUUGACAAUGGAAUUUUUAAUAAAUGAUUCUAAAUGCACCAAA